UAUUAUACCAAAUUAGGCAAAUCAUCAUUGUUAAACAUAUUUGCCAACUUCUUUCUCAAAGGAACUUUCCCUAAGAAUCUGAAAGUUAUCAUAGAGACGGCGUUCUUCAAGGUUACCGAACAUCAAUUCAAAGGAAAAGGUAGUGAAACCAAUGUGAAGGACCAGACCAAGAGUCAAACUAGUGAGUGCUCUCACUAUGAUUUCACCAAGGAUGGAGAUGAUUACUUGUUCAUUGACACACCAGGAGUCUCUGAUACCAAUGGUCCAAAGCAGGAUGAUGAGAACAUCUCAAAGAUCAUUGAAGCAGCUGAAAAUUGCGAGUCCCUCUCCGCCAUUAUAUUGGUAGUAAAUGGCACUGAAGAUAGAAACGUCACUUCCCUGAAGAAUGCCAUUUCUAGACUCAAAGGAGCCAUUCCAGAUGUGAUACUCAAUAACUUGAUCUUGGUGUUCACAAAAUGCGAGCCACACACUGCUACUUUUCAGUUGGGCCUCCUGGGUCAUCUAAGAACAAAGGCUAUCUUCUAUAUGAACAACUCAUUGUUUGUUAAGGAUCCAAUGACCUGGAACAGAGUUACAUGUAUCCCCAUUUUGAAGGACUUCCAGACUUCAUUGGCAACCACUGACCUGAUCAUGAAGUGUAUUAGGAACAAGGCAACUGUUUCAACAAUUGAGUUUGGAAAUAUGAGGAAACUUAAAUUCAAGGUCCAGGCCACCCUGCACCAAGCCAGGUUGGAAGUCAAGAGGAUUCAAGACCUUCAAGAUAAGAUAUUAAUUGCCCAAGCCAAACUUGGCGAUUUCCAACAUAACCAAAACAUGUUCAAGGAUUUUAAUAAGACUACUGAAAUUAUCAACCGCAGGUUGGUAGACUCUCCUGAUCUCAGCACAAUAUGUAAUGUUUGUACUUUUGCCUGUCACUCUCCAUGUAACCUCAAGGAGAUAACAGUACGUGGGGACAAUGCAUUUAAAAAAUGCUACGCCAUGAGUGGUAGAGACAAUUGCCAUGUGUGUCCCAAUGGAUGCUCCUAUCAACAUCACUACCAUAAACACCUUAAAGUUGAGGAAUAUGUGACAACUGUAGAUGAAGAAAUCAAAGAGAUGAAGGCUAAGUACAUGUCUGCGGAGGCAGGAUACAAUCAAACAACUUCAGAGAUCAACAGUUUCAAAGAUGCCAAAGUAAUGAUCGCAACCGCCAUCAAUGUCCUCACAGAAGAGAUUACAACAACAUGUAGAGAUCUCAAGAGUAUUUGCCAGGGUUUCAAUUUGGUAGAUGAACUCUCCAACACUAUCAAACAGAUGGAAAUUGAAGCCAAACUCUUGGCGUCCAACGAGGCAAGAGCAUCAGCAGAUCAGAUGAUCCGAGUUGUCAAGGGUAUUGCCGACAGACUUAGUAAUGAAGCACCCUCAUCUCCACCCCCACCUCAAGAAUAUGAGGAGCCAGUUGGUGAUGAAGAAGAAGUCACAAUGGAUCAUCUCCAGUCACUCGAAGAGCUGUUGGGCAACUCUUGUCAGAUCCAGGAACCUACCUCAGUUCAAAUGGCCCCCUGUUUUAAAUGUCAUCAACCAUGGAGCAUGCCAACUGUUGACCAUGCCCACUUUGAGGCAGAGGGGUAUCAAAUUCCAAUCAUGUGUCGUCCAUGUAGA